GGGUAACCCAAUGGCAACUCCAGCAUAUGUGAGGGAGCUGCAGCAGACCUCCCAGCCUCAGGGAGGCGCUGUGACUCCCACAUCAGGCCAGGCUUCCACCGUGACGGCAGCUCCCCAACAAUUCCUGGCUGAACUUCAGACUACAGGGGCCACACCUUCAGCGGCCCCACCCACUGGCCAGACCACGCCCCCUCCCUCGCAAGCACAGAAGAGCCAGGCAAUUGCCCAGGCACCGCCUGCACAAGCCCCGCCUACGCAGACUCAAUAUGUCACAGCUGAGAUUCAGAGCUCACCUACGCAGUCCAGCAGUCAGAAUACACCACAGUACAUCGUUGUCACAGUUACAGAGGGUUCUCUUCAUUCCAGUGACUCUGUGUCAGAUUCUAGUCCUCCUGCUGCUGUAGUCCAAACUGGAGUUCCCACACAGGUGGUGCAGCAAGUGCAGACCGUCCAACAGAGGUCGGUAGUUCAAGCUACAUCUCAGACAAUGAAAACAGAGCCGGGCACCCAGCUGAAUGUCACCAGCCUACAAUCUGUGCACCUGACACAGGAGGUGCAGCAGCAGCUCCAACAGCUGCCAGUCCAACAUGUGUAUACUAACCAGGUGCAGUAUGUGGAAGGAGCAGAUGCUAACUACACCACCAGCACCAUUCGUUCCAGCAGUUUCCCGUACACAGAGACCCCUCUGUAUACCCAGACCGCUGCUGGACAGUACUAUGAGACCACCCCUGCCUCUGGCUCUGAGGCCACGUCCCCCAGCACCCCUCUCACCGUCUCCGUGACCACAGGAUCCUCUGGGGUGUCCAUGUUUGUAGCGGGGACGGGGCAGAUCGUGGCCAAUCCUACGACGGCGGCAGUGGGUGGAGUCACAGCUGUAGUGGCAGCCACUGGGACGGCGGCGAACGGUUCUGGAGACUCCGGAGGCGAGGCUAACGGUAGCAGCGGGAGCUACGUGAUUCAGGGCGGCUACAUGCUGGCUGGUAGCGGGACUGGCAGCAGCGGAAACGGUCACGGUUAUCCGCACCCCACCCGUGCCUCUCCAGCCACCGUGAGUAUAAACGAAGGCGAGGACAAUAGCGUGCCGUCGGCAGACAAAAAGCUGUCCUCUGGCCCUCAGGUGCAGUGGUUGUUGGAUAAUUAUGAGACAGCGGAAGGGGUGAGUUUGCCCCGAUCUACACUCUACUGCCACUACCUGCUGCACUGUCAGGAGCAAAAGCUGGAACCCGUCAACGCGGCAUCCUUCGGAAAACUCAUCCGCUCGGUGUUCAUGGGGUUGAGGACCAGACGCCUGGGCACACGAGGGAAUUCCAAAUAUCACUACUAUGGACUGCGAAUCAAAGCGAGCUCAUCUCUGGUCCGUCUGAUGGAGGACCAGCAACACCUGGCCAUGAGGCAGCAGCCCUUCUCCCAGAAACAGAGGUUGAAGCCGGUACAGAAGGUGGAGGGAAUCACUAACGGAAUGUUGUCAGGAUCUGGACAGCAACAGCAGCAGCAGAGCUCGGGUCUGUCGGACAUCAGCACCCAGGUCCAGCAGUACCAGCAGUUUCUAGAUGCGUCCCGAGCUCUCCCAGAAUUCCCUGAUGUUGACCUGCAGGGUAGAGCUUUACCAGAGGGCAUUGAGCUGGAACAUCUUAAAAGCUUUCAGUUGCUCUACAGAGAACACUGCGAAGCCAUUCUGGAUGUGAUGGUCAACCUUCAGUUCCCUUUGGUGGAGACUCUUUGGAAAACAUUUUGGAGGUUCAGUGAAAGUCAGGCAGGAGACUCAACAACACUAGCUGUGCAUGAUGAGUCUGAGAAGAGGCUGCCCAAGUCAUGUUUGGUGCUGCUCUGUAAAUAUGAUCCAGUGCUUCGCUGGAGUCGUGACUGCGACAACACACUGUACCAGGGCCUGGUGGAGAUGCUCAUCCCAGAAGUUCUGAGACCUAUUCCCAGUGCCUUAACACAAGCCAUCCGAAACUUUGCGAAAAGUCUUGAGAGCUGGUUGACUAACGCCAUGAUGAACAUUCCUGAAGAGAUGGUUCGUGUGAAGGUGACGUCUGCAAGUGCGUUUGCUCAGACCCUGCGCAGGUACACCUCUCUAAACCACCUGGCCCAGGCAGCUCGUGCUGUACUGCAAAACACGGCACAGAUCAACCAGAUGCUCAGCGACCUCAACAGAGUGGAUUUUGCCAAUGUGCAGGAACAGGCCUCCUGGGUGUGCCGGUGUGAGGAUCGGGUGGUGCAGCGGCUGGAGCAGGACUUCAAACUGACCCUCCAGCAGCAGAACUCUCUGGAGCAGUGGGCAGCCUGGCUGGAUGGUGUGGUCUCGCAGGUCUUAAAGCCGUACCAGUCUAGCACUGCCUUUCCAAAAGCAGCUAAACUCUUCCUGCUGAAAUGGAGUUUUUACAGCUCUAUGGUGAUCAGAGACCUGACUCUCCGCAGUGCUGCAAGCUUCGGCUCAUUUCACCUAAUCCGCCUGCUUUAUGAUGAGUACAUGUACUAUCUGAUAGAGCACAGAGUUGCCCAGGCCAAGGGCGAAACUCCCAUUGCUGUCAUGGGAGAGUUUGCAAGUCUUGGUCGAAGUUUGAACCCACUUGAUCCUGAUAAAGAAGAGGAAGAGGAGGAGGAAGAAGACAGCGACUAUGAGUGUCAGGAGUUGUCUCUGCAGUCUGAUGGGGGCGCUAUUGGGGAUGAAUCUCUAGAACCGCCUGCUAAGCUGGCUCGAACCGACCAGAGGGUGCUGUUCACCACAGGAAGCAUGGAGAACUAAGAACUUAAAUACGCACACACACACAUGCACCUACAAGCACACACUCCACAUAAUACUCGCCUAUCAUUCAUGCACUUAAACCAACACAUGCAUCUAAAAAACAAAUGCUGCAGCUUACAUAUUUACACAACAUUUCAGAUGUCCGUAUGUACAUUUCCAUGCCUGUCAACGUCUCAAAUACACAUAUACACAAGUGCUCACCGAACCACAGAGACACAAAUAGCGCCACCCUCUCUCUCACACACUCAUAACAUGAACACGAUCACCGCUAAAGGCAUCAUAUCAAGAUCUUAGACAGGGUGUAGAGGUCACUAAGAAUAGCUCUCGGAUCUAAACCUGAUUCUAUCUCUAAUAGCUGUUAAGACGCAGAAACACAAAAGAAACCUGCUGCAACUGGAUCCUAAGAGUCGUUCGCGAUGGACUGAACUCUGAUUGGCUACUGAAACCUGAAUGAAACUGUCAGUCAAGCUUUUUUUUAACCUGAAAUGGUUGUUAGUGAGAAAAGAUGGACUGUAAGUGUGCGUGUUGUGUGUUGAUGUAUACUUUCUGCCUAUCCGUGUGUUGUUCCUGUGAUUGUGAGUGACCCGGGACCUUAUCGUUUUUAUCGGCUAGCGUGAACGCGUGUGUUUUUGUGCAUGUGCGAAUGACCGUCCGUGGUUCUCAAGAAGUGUUGAUAGUUGUUUUCGGCAGUGGUACCUUUUUUAGUUCUUCAUGCCUUCAGUGACUGCCAUGUCAUUAAUUGUUUCAAGCAUAUUAUAGCCCGGCUCUUUAAAAACUCAGUUUCCCAUGAGUCUACUGGGUGUACAUGAUUCAGCUGGGUUGUGUAUUUUUGAUUUUUAGGGCUAGUCUAUACAUACCUCUGCAAAUGACAGCAGUUUGCCAGAAAUGAGAGGAGAGUUUUUUUUUCCUCCAGUAUGUUUUUCCUCUCUCUCUUUUUUAAAAAUGGUUUUCUAACAUUUUUUGUCCUAUUUUGUUGCACUUUUUUCCUCUUGCCAAACGUCGUCCUGAGCUUGGUACCAGACAUUAAAUGUUUCUGUCGUU